AUGGAUAUCCAGUACUUUGUUGCUAUUCUUGGAAUGGGCCAGCUCAUUUCUGGAUUUAGACCUAAUUCCUCAGAACAGGUGGCCAGGAUGAGAAUUAAUCGGGAAACAAGAAGACUGUUUAUUCAACUGAUGAAGCCGCUUUCUAAACCUCCUGAGCUUCACGCGUCUUCCUGGCGACAGAGCGAGGCCGGGCUGCUCCUUUACCCCCCCUUGGCCCUGGGUGCCUGUGCGCUGUUCCGCUCAGAGGAAGCCCACAGGACCAGCAGCGAUGGCCGACAAGGGCUCCCCUGUCCCCACUGCCGGGAACAGCCCGGGAGGCCGGCUGCACAGACUCCCCUCUGCCCCUGGAGGAACCCCUGGGCUGACAAGGCUGCAGAAGACGUCAAUGUUACUUUUGAAGAUCAACAAAAGAUAAACAAAUUUGCACGGAAUACAAGUAGAAUCACAGAGCUGAAGGAAGAAAUAGAUGUAAAAAAGAAACAACUCCAGAAUUUAGAAGAUGCCUGCGAGGACAUCAUGCUUGCAGAUGAAGACUGCUUAAUGAUACCUUAUCAGAUUGGUGAUGUUUUCAUUAGCCAUUCUCAAGAAGAAACACAAGACAUGUUAGAAGAAGCAAAGAAAAAUUUGCAAGAAGAAAUUGACGCCUUAGAAUCCAGAGUGGAAUCCAUUCAGCGGGUGUUAGCGGACUUGAAAGUUCAGUUAUAUGCAAAAUUUGGGAGCAACAUAAAUCUUGAAGCUGAUGAAAGCUAAACAUUUUAUAUUACCUUUAAAAUUUGUUUAAUAAACUUGAAUAUUGUUUAAAUGAUAAUUUUCCUUUUUCAAAUGAUAUGGAAAGCAAAACUUUCUUUUUUAAAAAAGAUUUCAUUUAUUUAAUGGAAACUUGCCUAUUUUCACAUGUCUUGCUUAUUUAUUUUAUAUUUUUAAAAGAAGACAGUAUUCAUCUAUGUAUUUUGCAUAAUGAUUCUAUCAAGUGUAGGGGUUUUGUGUCAUGUUAUUAAAAUCAGUUAAGCAAUC